GCGCUAAUCUGAACCGAAAUUGAGUUUAAACACGGAAAUGAGGGACUUGUCUUCGGUAUUGGAGGGAUGAAUGUCCUAAUUAUGUUAGCUUCUUCACUUUGGAGACAAAGCUGAGCUAGCCCAGCUACAUGUAUGGACUAUUGCAUCAGCAACAUGGUGCUGACGUUAAGCGGCUCAUAGCACUAAGCUAUUUUGGGUGCUGUUACAAUACUACUUUAUCCAACCCCAAAUACCUAACCGGCCUUUGUAGGAACAGUAUUGUUGUGCACUGGUUUAUUCUAGACCAGACCGGUUGUACAGAGGCGGGAUGAUGCUCCAGGAUGGGCCAGUGCAGCUCCUGUGCCUCACUGCUAACAGUGGGGUGCCCCUGUUCACCCGGGGUAGCUCUAAACCGCUGCCUUUCUCGGUCAUUGGGUCACUGAAUGGAGUGCACAUGUUUGGAGGGGGUCAGGGGGUGUCUCUGCUCAGCUGUGGCACUGGAGGAGGGGGAAAGGUGGUGUGGAGAGUGUUUAAGGACAGUGUGAUGCUCAUUGCUGUGAGUGGAGGUCAGAGGAGUGAGAGCAGCCUCACAGAGGAGGAGCUGUACCUGCAGCGGCUGCUGGACAAUGUGUGGGGCUGUAUGGUACUGGUGCUGGGACAGGACGAGAUAGUGACUCUGAGGAACGUGGAGCGUCUCAAGAGGGACCUGCGAGCCUGCUUCAGCCUCAUAGACCUGCUGCUGGAGGAGAGACAGCAGAGCAUCAUGGGAAACCUGACGCACUGUGCCGACUCACUGCUGCCCCCUAACCCUGCUCUGCUCCAGGAGGCUAUGGCUGGCUUUGCUCAGGCCGCUGACAGUGAGUGUGGCUGCCUUGUCAUUCAUGGACGAAUAGCUGCAGCAACUGAAAAGUGGUGUCAUCUAAUGCCUCAAGAGGUGGUGCUGCUCUUAGCCUUAAUUAAGACACUGUCCAAGUCUGGAUCCUCUUCUUGUGACUACCCAGUGUUCCUGCCUCAGACCAGCCCCACUGUAGCGCUUCGCCUCCUGCGCUUCCAGCUAUUGCCCGGGGCGGAUGUGUGUGUGCUCUGUGGCCCUACGCCAUCUCUGCACAGGGCAGAGAGCCAACUGCUGUGCCAGUUCUGGUCUCCUCUGGUGGACUCUCUCAGAGACUGUUUGGCUAUUGGAGAACGCUGCUUACCUCCAUCUGUCACUCAGAGGCAGGAUGUGCUGUCUUUGAUGCUGAUAAACAGAGAGACACACCGCUCUUUCUCCUGUGUCAGAGCCCCGUCACACCAGCCUGACCCUGUGCUGCCCUCUAGAGCCCGUUGCUGGGAACUUUUGAAGCUCUUUUACAUCUUCAGCGUCACUAGGUACUUCCACCAGGAGGACAGUCCGUUUGAAGAGCAGACUCGGAGCAGCUCAGACGACUUUCUUCAGGGAUUCUCCCAUCAGCCACAGCAGUGCUACCUGGUGACAGAGGAGUGCAAGUGUUAUGGACUACAGACCAGUCAGCACCAGCUCUUCCUGCUGCUGCCUCUCUCAGUGCCUACAUUUGCACUGCGCUCUGUGGCCAACCAGACACUUUCACAGAUAGUCACAUCCACUGGGUUUUGAUCUACUGGUUCUUUACAUUACUUGUUCACUGUCUGAUUUCUAUAAUGUUAAAGGUUGUAUUUGAACAUUAAAGCACUGGCAUACACUGACACGCCUCAGGCAACAUUUGAAUUAACAAAUUUAUGGAAAUGAUUACUACCUUUCAAGCACAACUGCUAUUUAUUUUAUUUUUAUUAUAUUAAAUAAAGUUAUACUUUCUUUUGAUUUUGUUG